UGACUGCGUUUGUCCCCCUCACUCACCCUCUUCAACUCUCUUUCUCUCUCUUUCCCCAUCCCUUCUCCUUUCCCUGUACUCAUAUCCUUUGUUUUCUAAUCUCUAUUCAAAUCUAGGGUUCAACUCCCAGAGCUUUGUUUUUCUAUAAUUUCCCACUAAUAAAAAAUCCUUACUUUUUUAUAUAUAUAUUUUCUUGCUUCCAUAUUUUAUAAUUUUCUUGUUUUCUGUUGCUUGUGUGUGUUUUCUUUUGAUGUUUGUAUAAUCCAUGGCUGGUUUAGAUUUAGGCACUGCUUCUCGUUACAUUCAUCAUCAGCUCCACCUCUCUGACUUGCAACUCCACAGUAGUCAACCGGAAACAACCAACACCACCAGCUCUUUUCCGACGGUGCCCCUACACAAUCAUCAGCAUCAAGAGGAGGAGGAUCAGGGUCAUGACUUGGUCUCCCCGAACUCAGGUGACGGCGGCGGUGGAUCAGGUGACAUCGUUGGACGACGACCUAGAGGUCGUCCUGCCGGAUCCAAAAACAAACCAAAACCUCCUGUCAUCAUCACAAGAGAAAGCGCCAACACACUAAGAGCUCAUAUCUUGGAGAUCGGAAAUGGUUGUGAUGUCUUUGACUGCAUAGCAACUUAUGCAAGACGACGGCAACGAGGGAUCUGUAUACUAUCCGGAAGCGGCAUCGUCACCAAUGUAAGCCUCAGGCAACCAGCCGCAGCGGGGUCUGUGGUGGCUCUCCAUGGUCGGUUUGAGAUCCUUUCCCUCUCUGGUUCUUCUCUGCCUCCGCCAGCCCCACCAGGAGCCACCAGCUUGACCAUAUUGGCUGGCGGGCAAGGGCAGGUAGUAGGUGGGAACGUGGUGGGGGAGUUGACCGCUGCUGGUCCGGUCAUCGUUAUCGCUUCCUCCUUCACUAAUGUUGCCUACGAGAGACUUCCACUAGAAGAAGAGGAGCCGGAAGGUGGUGGGCUUCAGAUGCAACAGCCGACAUCUCAAACAGAUGGUGGCGGCGGUGGAGGGAUAAAUAGCAACAACCCUUUUCCCGACCCAUCUUCCGGGCUACCAUUCUUCAACUUACCACUCAGUAUGCCACCUAAUGUUCAG